UCGUUUCAUCAGGACUUGAAGACAGCUCGCAACUGCUUGCUUUCCGAUGGCCUCUGUCCCUCUGCUACACUUGGAAUUAUUGGUUUUUGUUGGGGAGGAAAGCAAGCAGUUCUUGCUUGCUCCAACCAAACCCAAACAAACCAUCUGGGGUUUCGCUUUGGCGCCGGCGUAUCUAUUCACGGAUAUUUGCUUUGUCCUGAGGAUGCUGAAAACUUGACGGUCCCUGUGUUCUUUAUGCCCGCUGGGAACGACCCUCCCAUAGAUCCCCUCAAAGCCAUCCUGGAUAGUCGUCCCAUCGGAUCACAAUGCGCUUAUCAUAUUUUCCACAAUGAAACCCACGGGUUCGCCACUGCCCGCGGAGCUUGGGACAAUCCACGCACGCAGCAAUCCAUCAAGGAGGCGGUGGAUUUGGCCUCGAGAUUCUUCAACAAACAUCUGCUUCAAUGAAACCUGAGUUGUGCUUAACGUCAUCCGAUUAUUAACUAUGAUAAUUAUCUUUGUGUGUUAGACUAGAGAUUAGCCCAUUCUUGUGUUCGUUCUGAGGUGAAGUAGACUGUUUACGCUAAUCAACUCUUCAAAUGCAUGCUUCUUAUCUGCAUCUUACGUAGGCUAUAUAGUCGCUUACGCUUCUGACAGCCUCGGACUUUACCUGGAGAAGUUUAUCGUUAUUCCUGACAUCUGUUGACUCACGCAGAACUGAGCAAGUACGGCUUUCCUUGUUGUUAGUAACAACAUCAAGUGAAAGUAGUAUGCAAAGCCUUCGUCCAAGCUUUAGUACUCA